AUGGAACUGGAGUACCUGCAGCACAUCCCCGAGCUCACCAAAGUCCCUUAUACCCUGGACGGAUGGCUGCGGAUGUGUGACAGGUGGUUUGACGUGACACAAGGGCUGUUUGACCACCUGGAGGACAACGUGGGGGUCCCGACAACCCUGCAGACAAUCCUGAGUAACGCGGUCACGACGUAG